ACCCUUUUGUUAGUGCAAAACGCCUCUCAGGAACUUGCUCUAUAUCCUCUUCCGGGUUCAGCAAAAAUGAAUAUACAUGCCUCCAAUAUGUUAACCUAUAGGUCCUAUACUUGCCCAAUCUCUCAUUUCAAUACUUCAGCCAAAACCCAUUACUUAAAUCCAAAUAAAAACAGAUUCAAAACCCUAAUUCCUGUUAAAUCAUCUGUUUUACCAGUUAAAAAUGUAUGGAUUAGGAAGAACGAAAUAGAAACAGUUGAUGAAGAAGAAGUAAAAUUGAGAGUUGAAGAUGAAGAGAAAGAGGGGGAGAAAGUGAAAUUAAAGUGGAUUGAAAUUGGAACAAAUAUUAGCGAUGAACAAAAGCAAGCCAUUUCUAAACUUCCAUUUAAGAUGACUAAAAGAUGUAAAGCACUUAUGAAACAGCUCAUCUGUUUUGGUAAUAAUGAAGAGAGUGAUUUGAAUCAGUUAUUGACUUCUUGGGUUAAGAUUAUGAAGCCCCAGAGAUGUGAUUGGCUUGCAGUUCUCAAGGAAUUGACUAAUUUGGAUCAUCCUUUGUUGUUUGAGGUGAUCGAAUUGGCACUUCUAGAAGAAUCUUUUGAGGCCAAUGUUCGAGAUUACACCAAGAUAAUUGAUGGUUAUGCCAAGAAAGGUCGAAUACUAGAUGCUGAAACUGCUUUCCAUGCUAUGAAAACAAGGGGAUUUGUCUGCGAUCAAGUAACCCUAACAACUCUGAUUAAUAUGUACAGCAAAAACGGCAACCUACAACGGGCUGAAGAAACAUUUGAGGAUAUGAAGUUGUUGGGCUUGCCAUUGGAUAAACGAGCUUAUGGAUCUAUGAUAAUGGCAUAUGUUAGAGCUGGAAUUGCUGGCCGUGGAGAGAAUUUACUGAUUGAAAUGGAAUCUCAAGAGAUAUAUGCGGGAAGUGAGGUUUAUAAAGCGUUAUUAAGAGCUUACUCUACCGUGGGUGAUACUAAAGGAGCUCAAAGAGUGUUCGAUUCAAUCCAGUUUGCCGGAAUUGCUCCUGAUGAGCGGUUAUGUGCCCUCCUCAUGAAUGCAUACGCGAUAUCGGGUGAUUGCACUGGGGUUCGCACCGUCUUCGAAAAUAUGAGAAGUGCUGGACUCAAGCCUAGUGAUAAAUGUAUAGCUUUAAUAUUGUCGUCUUAUAAAAAGGAAAACAAGCUUAAUAUGGCAUUGGAUCUCUUGAUCGGCUUAGAGAAAGAAGGUAUUAUGGUUGGUCAAGAAGCUUCAGAUGUUCUAGCCAAGUGGUUUCGUAAGUUAGGCGUGGUAGGUGAGGUGGAGCUUGUUUUGAGGGAAUACACUGAACAAGAAGAUAAACAGAAAACGCCUGCUUUUUAGUUUCCAAGUCCAUAGUUCUGUCCUUAUCACUUGUCAGUUGAGAAACAUCAUCAACAAACAAGAUGAGAUUAGCAUUCAUCACAUCUUUGCUUGGAAGGAAAUUUUGGAGUUGAUGGCAAGGAAUCUUCCAAUUCGGCCAUACGAGAAUUUGCAUUUUAAUUAGGCUAUCUAGUUGAACAAGUUUUCAUGCCUCUGCAGUAGGUAAUUUUUUGAGCUUGUGUCGACGUAUAUCUUCAUUAGAGAAGAUUUUGGUACAAAUGAGUCGCAUCGCAUGUAAAUAUAGUUCUUUGCCAACUGGAAAACUGAUGUAACUUUCAUCCCAUUUUAAUCAGUUUAUUCUGAAUUUUGUCUGAAGAU